AUGUGGAGGAUGCCAUAUGCCGACGAUGCCGGCGUUGUGUCCAAGUCCGCCGACGGCCUGGCGAGGAUGAUGACCAUUAUCGUGGAGGUGUUCCGGGAGUUCGGGCUGACGGUGUUGGAGAGGAAGACGGAGACAUUGGUGAUGCGGGUGAAGGAGAAACAGCGACCGCCGCCGCCGCCACCGCCGCCGCUGACCAUCGAAGCAGCGGGGCAAAGGUACGCACAGACGACCGAGUUCCGAUACCUGGGCGGCCUCAUCAACGAGCAGGGCGACCUCACCCGAGAGAUCAACCACAGGAGCAAAGCAGCGUGGGCGUGCAUUAGGCGAUACGCCACGGAGGUAUUCGACCGACCGGGAGCACCGUUUCGCCUCAAGGCCCGCCUACUCCAGGCGGAGGCAGUGGCGGCACUGCUAUACGGCUGCAUGACAUGGUCCCCACGCCGCGACCACUACCGGCUGCUGCAGACGACACACCACCGUCUGCUUCUGCGAGUUAUCGGCUACCGGCGCAAGCGAGGCACCUACCGGCAGCUGUCAUACGCCCAGGCGCUAGACGGGCGGCUUCCGAAACGGCUGAUGUUCGGCGAGUUGGUGGGAGGGGAGAACCCGGGCCGGGGAAGCCCGGAGCAGAACUGGCUGAUAUGCCUGAAGGACGACCUGAAGAUGUUCGAAGCCAGACACGGCUCCACGCCCGACAAGCGGAGCUUCUUCGGAAUCCUGAAGCCAGACUGGGACGAGGCGGCGAAGGUGGAGGGGGGGGUACCGUGGCACGCGGGGGUGCUACAGGGAGCUGAGAGGUUUAUGGCCUCUUGGCACAAGGGCGAGGAGAAGGCCAGCCGACAACGAGCCAUCAAACGAGGAGACAGCGGGCCCAAAAAUAGUCUAGAUACGGCACCAAUCAACGGGGCGGGAGGGGGGCGGGAGGAAACGGCGCGGGAAGAAUGCAAGCGAGAAGAGACCGACCGCGUGACGUGA